AUGACGGAGCCCGAGAACUUUGAAGAGGAUCUCUUCGCUGAUCUCUACGAUGACAACGAUGCAGCAAAGGCAGCCCCUGCCCCAGUGCCUGUAGCUGAACCGGCAAUGCCAAGGAGCCACGAGCAAAACUCGGCCCCGAAACCAAGUGACCACGCAAACGAGGACGAGCACAUGCAUCAAGAUGCCGACGACGACGAUGAUGACGAAGUCGACUUUAAUCUUGGGGGCGGAUCUAACAGCGCCGUAGCCGCUCCCCCUCAAGACCCGGGCUCAUCAACACCCCCAUAUGGAACUGUCCACAAGGCAAGUGCCAAAGAUGAUGGAAAAAUGUUUAUUGGCGGACUGAAUUGGGAGACUACCGAUCAAUCACUUCGGGAGUACUUUGAACAAUUCGGAGAAGUUGUCGAAUGUACCGUGAUGCGCGAUAGUAGUACUGGCCGAUCGCGUGGCUUUGGCUUUCUAACAUUCAAGGAUGCCAAAACAGUGAAUAUUGUCAUGGUUAAGGAGCACUUUCUGGACGGCAAGAUUAUUGAUCCCAAGAGAGCCAUUCCAAGAGAUGAACAGGAAAAGACAAGCAAAAUAUUUGUUGGAGGUGUCAGCCAAGAGACGACGGAUCAAGAAUUCCGCGACUAUUUCGCCCAGUUUGGCCGAGUUGUUGACGCCACGCUCAUGAUGGACAAGGACACGGGGCGUCCCAGAGGUUUUGGUUUCGUGACAUUCGAAAGCGAGGCCGGCGUCGAGGCAUGUAUCAAUGUACCCCUCGAGAUACACGGCAAACCCGUUGAGGUGAAGAGGGCGCAACCCCGUGGCAAUCUCCGCGAAGAGGAAGAAGCUGCCAAGCGCAACAAGUUCAAGAAGGACGACCAGUCCAGCAACCAGGGCAUGGGCCAGCAAAUGGGCAACAGCGGCAUGACGCCGCAAGUUAUGGCGCAGUACUUCCAGCGAAUGCAGCAGUACUUUGCCAUGAUGCAAGGACAAAUGGCCAUGAACCGUGGCAUGAACAUGAACCCAGCCAUGUGGCAGAACAUGAUGCAGAUGCAGCAGAUGCAACAGAUGAUGGGUCGAGGCGGCGGCGGCGGAAACAACCCGCAGAACAUGAUGGGCAAUAUGAACCCUCAGAUGAUGCAACAAAUGCAGCAACAGAUGCAGCAGCAAAUGAUGCAACAGCAGCAGAACCAACACCAGCAACAACAACACCAAGGCCCAGGGUCACCAACACAAUCAGACCAAGGCGGCUACAACAACCAGUUCAACCAACAACCGCCCAGUGGUCCAUCAGGCGGCAGGCGAGGCGGCCGAGGAGGCUAUGGCAUGGGCGGUGGUCGCGGAGGAGGAGGAGCAGGUGGCGGUCCAACAUCAUGGGAGGGCAUGUACGACGAUGUCCCGCAGCCUGAUGCGGGAUAUCGUCGCGGGGGACAAGGCUCAUCAGAUGGCGGACACGUCGCGCCCCUAAACGCUCCCACUGGGCCUAAGAAUGCUGGCCGGCCGGGCGCAAACUAUCGGGGUGGUGGUCGUGGAGGGAACCGGGGCUAUCAUCCAUACGCUCGAUGA